AUGGCUGCUGCCACCGCUGAGAUGGCGAUAACCAACAUGCACCGCGACGAGAUAUUGCAGCCGGACACACUGCCUCUGAAAUAUGUCGCCCACACGCCCUGCUUCCGCCGUGAGAAGGCAGCAGCAGGACGCGACACGCGCGGCAUAAAGCGCGUCCACCAGUUCGAGAAGGUCGAGAUGUACCGCUUCGUCGAGCCGCACGAAUCAGACGACGCCCUGCAAAGCCUGCUCAGCGAAGCCGAAACGAUAUGCGCUCGGCUCGGCAUACGCUACCGCCUGCUGGAACUCUGCGCCGGCGACAUCGGCUUCCAGUCCGCCAGGACCUACGACAUCGAGAUGUGGGCGCCCGGCUGCGACGAGUGGCUCGAAGUCAGCUCUUGCUCCACAUGCACCGACUUUCAGGCACGCCGCGCCUCCAUUCGCUACCGCCCGGAGAAUGGCGCAAGACCGCGCUUCGUGCACACCCUCAACGGCUCCGGCCUCGCCCUCCCACGCGUCAUCAUCGCAAUCCUCGAAAACUACCAGCAAGCCGACGGCUCAGUAGUCGUCCCCGAAGUCCUCCGCCCCUACACCGGCUUCGACAAGAUCGAAAACUGA